AUGAAAAGCUACCACCAGUUUCCAGUCUCUCUCUCUCUCUCUCCCUCUCUCUCUUUCUGUAUCUCUCUUUCUCUCCCUGUUUCCAUACCUUCAUCCAUCUAUCUAUCUAUCUAUCUAUCUAUCUAUCUAUCUAUAUUACCUAUUUAUCUCGAUGCCUUUUAUAUACAUACAAUUGACAGACAUUUUCUUUCUCCCGUUUUCACAUUCGAUUUCUUACCACUCACACGCAAUCACCAUUUUCUUCAUACCUUCGCUCAGCCUGUCUUUUUUUUUAUAAUACAUAAUGUCUGUCUGUCUGUUUAUUUCUCUCCUCCUCCUCUCUCUGUCUCAGCACAGACUUUUUUCACAUACAUUUCUCUCUCGCUCAUUGUCCAUUCCUCUUCACAGUUGAUUAAAGUUUCCCAGUGCUGCAGAAUCUAUCUAUCUAUCUAUCUAUCUAUCUAUCUAUCUAUCUAUCUAUCUAAAUCUCUUUAUUAUAAAUCAUUUCAUUAUCUAUCUAUCUAUCUAUCUAUCUAUCUAUCUAUCUAUCUAUCUAUCUAUCUAUCUAUCUAUCUAUGUUAUGUCUACUCCUUUUAUUUUAAACACAUUUUCUUUGUUUUUGUUCCUCUCUCUUUCUCUCUCCAGCUAAUUAUUUCCAUUAUUUGUUUUUGUUUGUUUGUUGCUUUCUUUUCUUUCUUUCUUUCUUUCUUUCUUUCUUUCUUUCUUUCUUCCCAGCAUUUACUCUUCUCUCUUUCUAUAAUCAUUCUUUUUAUUAUUUCAUUCAUGUUUAUACAUAUUUUAUAUCUUUUUCCAAGGACAAAUAUACCUGUCUCCUUCUAG